UGUGACCUGUGACGUCGCGCUCAUUGCGUUGCAGAAAUGGCUAUCGCGGAAGUGGAGAAAAGGCGCGCCCAGCAUGCCGUCCUGUCCAUCGCGGCUGUGGUUAUCCUUCUGGGAAUCCCCAUGUGGUGGCGGACCACCGCCACAUACCGUGCCUGGUUGCCUGUGGCUCAGAUUCAAGAGCUGGCUAAGCUGCAGCUCCUUCUGAGCGCUGACAUCGAGGUGGUGUUUGCACGUGGGACGCUGACGCCGGAACAGCAGAAGAAGAUCCCUGUGACGCACACACGUGAUGAGGAGCAUGCUAUUGACGGAGGCACUUCUUUGACAUACAGAUAUGAGACGCGUUACCGCACAGCGACCAUCAUGGAGGAGGACGCCAUGAACCAGCCCACUGCUGCUGCGACCGAUCUUUCCUUGAACACACUCAGCGAGAGUCCGUGUGGUUCUUUGGUGGUCUAUGUGAUCCCAAAAUCCUCUUCGCUGCUGCCUCAGGAUGUGGACGUCUACGUGGGUCGACGGCGGACGGCCUUGCUGCGAGUGGACGUUGAAACGAAGGCGGGCAAGACACUGGAUCAAGUGCUGGCUGGCGUGGAAUCGCGGGUGAAGAAGGUACUGCAGGUGAUGUCGUUCAACCACGGCGACAUCAUGGCCGCCCUCAGCGACAGAGUGCGACUGAGCCCGGGAAGCACACAGAUCAAAACUGACAGCGUGAGAGCCUUCAAGUCCAGCCCGGGUUACGAGAUCACCUUCAGCCUGCUGAAUCCUGACCCAAAGUCACACCGCCUGUACUGGGACAUAGAGGGCGCCGUGCGCACCUACAUCCAGCCCCUGCUCUCCAAACUGAGCCCCGUGGCCAACUUUAGCGUCGACUCUCAGAUACUGCACUACGCCAUGCUGGGUGUCACCUCGCACUUCGACGGCGGCUACGGUGCCUACACGCUGAGCGCCGACAGCCUGACGCACGUCAUCAACCUCGUGGAGGCUCGACUGGUCUCCAAUGCCGCCUCAUCCAACCCGCUACUCAACUUCCUGCUCUACGUGCCCGACGCGCAACACUCGCCGCUGCGUAUCCUCGAUCACCAGAAGCGACAGGUUGCCUCCAACGCCUUUCACUCACCGCGCUGGGGCGGAAUCAUGGUGUACAAUGUAAAUGGCUUCUAUGGACCGCAUGCUACGUUCCCUGUUGACGUUGACAUCAACAUGGCCGAAGUGAUGGGCGUCUUCCUCGCACAGCUACGUCUGUUGCUGGGCGUGCAGCCCUCUGCGCCUCCUGAGGGCUUCCUGAUGGCGCCGCCCGGCAGCUCGGGGCUGUCCGACUGGGAGCUGGACCGCCUCAUGUGGAGUCGCAGUGUGGAGAACAUCGCCACGGCGACCACCUCCAUCACGUCGCUGGCGCAGUUGCUGGACCAGAUUGACAACAUUGUGAUCAACGAUAAUAUCGCCCAGCAGGUGUCGAGCGCCGUGGCGUCGCUGCAGCUGGCAGCGGCCGAGCUGGAGUCGGGCAACCUGGCCUUCGCCCUGCAGUACAGCAAGGAGGCCAUCCUGGCGUCGGAGCAAGCCUUCUUCGACCCUUCGCUGCUGCACCUUCUCUACUUCCCCAAUGACCAGAAGUUCGCCAUCUACAUCCCACUCUUCGUGCCCAUCACCAUGCCCAUCCUGCUGUCGCUGCUCAAAAUAGCAUCAGAUGCGAGGCAGAGACGCAGAGACAAGCAGGCCAAGAAGGACUAAAGCGGUGAGAAUUUUUUUUUUUUUUUUACUUUCAUCCCCACCAAAACAAGCAAAAAUCACUUUCUUUGUUCUUUAGAUUUUAAGAAAAAUUAUGGAUGGACUGUACAUGCUUUUUAUUGGACAGCAAAGCAUUGCUAUUUUGUGUGUCUGGGAUUUUAAAAUGAUUUUAAUGGGUGCCCACUGUGACUGUUCAACACUACUACUGGAAGCUUGUUAAUAAUGCCGUUUUUUAAUAUUUGAAUUUGUCCUGUAAGUUAUUGAAAAAUAAAAAAAAAAGCUACUUUCA